AUGGUUACUCUAGCCCCUGAGCGCGUGGGCGCCCUGGACUCGAUCCGGGAACUUGCUGAUAGUGGCAUUAUUGCGAGCAUCGGCCAUACGGCGGCAACCUACGAGGAGGCAGCUCUAGGCAUUAAAGCUGGUUCAAAAAUGGUCACGCAUUUAUUCAAUGCUAUGAAUCAACUACAUCAUCGAGAGCCGGGCAUUUUUGGCCUGAUAGCGUCACCCAGUGAUCGGACCUUUCGUGAUAGAGGGGACCUGCCCGACGAUGGACGACCGUAUUUCGGGUUAAUUGCUGAUGGGAUACAUCUCCAUCCAGCAAGCGUCAGACUAGCAUGGGAGGCACAUCCAAAGGGGCUUAUACUGAUCACAGACGCGGUGAUGCUCAUGGGCUGUGAAGAUGGCGUCUACGAUUGGACAAACGGUCAAAAAAUUGUCAAAAAGGGAAGCCUAUUGAAACUGGAAGGCCUAGAUACAAUUGCUGGCAGUGCGACACCAAUCCUCGAUUGCUUGAAUAAUCUUAUGCGUUGGACGGGAGCAUCGAUACAUCAAGUCAUCCAAACGGUGACUACCAACCCGGCUGCUCUGUUAGACCUUGAGCAUACCAAAGGUACCCUGGCUGCAAAUUCUGAUGCUGAUAUAGUAAUAAUGAGAGUUGUUCCGGUGAACAAGGAGUUCACUAAGCUGGAGAUAGAUGAGGUAUGGAAAUUUGGACAUCGACUUUUCAAAUCUUGA